AUGUUCAUUAAAAACGAUCACGUCGGUGACAGGUCUCGCUUGGAAGAUUGGAGAAUUAAGGGUUACGAUCCAUUAACCCCACCUGAUUUACUUCAACAUGAGUAUCCCAUCUCUGAGAAAGGUCACAAGAUCAUCGUGGAUGCCAGAGAGCAAGUAUGCGAUAUUCUAAAUGGUAAAGAUGACCGUUUGGUAAUCGUGAUAGGUCCAUGUUCUAUUCAUGAUCCUAAGGCUGCUUAUGAGUACUGCGACAAGCUAGCUGCACUAUCUAAGAAAUUGUCCAAAGAUCUAUUAGUCAUAAUGAGAGCAUACUUGGAAAAACCUAGAACCACUGUGGGUUGGAAGGGUUUGAUUAACGACCCUGAUAUUGACAACUCUUUCCAAAUUAACAAGGGUCUCAGAAUCUCCAGAGAAAUGUUUACCAAUCUCGUCGAGAAAAUGCCUAUUGCUGGUGAGAUGUUGGACACUAUCUCUCCCCAGUUCUUGAGCGACUGCUUCUCUCUUGGUGCUAUUGGUGCUAGAACCACCGAAUCUCAACUACAUAGGGAGCUAGCAUCUGGUCUCUCCUUCCCUAUCGGUUUCAAGAACGGUACUGACGGUGGUCUACAAGUUUCCGUGGAUGCCAUGAGAGCCGCUGCCCACAGUCACUACUUUUUAUCUGUGACUAAGCCUGGUGUUACUGCCAUCGUUGGUACCGAAGGAAACUCCGAUACUUUCGUUAUUUUGAGAGGUGGUAAGCAAGGUACUAACUUCGAUGCUGAAAGCGUUAAGAAAACGCAGCAAGAAUUGAUUAAAGCCAAAGUGGCUGAUGAGGCCGGUGUUCAAAGAAGAAUUAUGAUUGAUUGCUCUCAUGGUAACAGCAGCAAGGACUACAGAAAUCAACCAAAGGUUGCUCAGGCCAUUUAUGAUCAGCUGAUUGCCGGCCAAAAUGCUAUUUGUGGUGUUAUGAUCGAAUCCAACCUUGUUGAGGGUAGACAAGACAUUCCUCCAGAAGGUGGCCGUGAUGGCUUGAAAUAUGGGUGUUCAAUUACCGAUGCUUGUAUCGGAUGGGAAACUACGGAGCAUGUCUUGGAACUUCUGGCAAAGGGUGUUCAAUUGAGAAGAGAGGCUCUCAAGAAAUGA